AUUCCUAAGCCAGGCUCAAUUGCAUUGAGUAUGUGAGACAUUUAAAACGAAGGAAAAACGCAACCGAUGCUCAAAUUCAGAAGCAACCAUGCCUCUUCAUCGAUUCUAUGUACCCCCUAACCUUUACUCAGACGAGGACAAGCAGGCUCUGGCCAAGGCUAUUACGAACUUAUAUGCCAGAAGGGGCCUCCCCGAGUUCUACGUCGUAGUUCUCUUCGUCGAGGUUCCCAGACAAGGUUAUUUCGUCGGUGGAAAGGCCAGAGACAAUUUUGUCCGCGUAGUAGUCCAUCACCUUGCGAAACAGUUCGCGACUGAUGAAGACAAGCCCAAAUUCAUGAACGUGUACGAGGAGACGAUUGCGCCAUUUACCAAAGCCCGUGGCGUUGACUGGGAAGUUGAAAUAAAUGAUUCCGACCCAAAACUGUGGAGGGAGAAUGGAAUCAUACCUCCUCAUGCAAUGAAUAACACCGAGAUUGCGGCGCUUUGGGCCAAGGAGAAUAAACCGGUCCCAUACUACUAAGAAGGCAGAGCCUGACAGUGGAGAUGUUAACAUGUAUAUAUAGUUCCCAGCAGAUGGUGUAGCGUCUUUCCAGAAAGAAUACUCACAUAAC